AUGUCUUCGAUUUCGAUUCCAGAUGUAGGAGGGAUAGGAAGUCCAGUUCCUAUGACUUCGAUUCCAGAUGCGGCAGGGAUAGGAAAUCCAGUUCCUACAACUUCGAUCCCAGACGUAAUAUGGACAGCAGAUCCAGCUCUUAUCGAAAAUAACGACGACAACAACAACACUUUGAAUGCAACAAGUCAAGCAGAACGCGAAACCGAUCAAUUUGAAGGUCUCGGGCUCGCUCAGCGAUUGAGAUUGAUCGAACAGAGAUAUGUCCAGUUCGAAACCCCGCAUGGUAGUAGUGUGUCUGUCGCUUCAUGUUCAUUACCUCCAUUACCCCAAGGAAACUUCACCUUCAGUUUUCCUACUACAGUUCCCCCUACAGUUCCCCAUCCAGUGAACACUACGGUUCCUACUACCGUUCCCAAUACAGUGAACACUACAGUGGAUACUGCAGUUCCAAACACAGUGAACACUACAGUGGAUACUACAGUUCCCACUACAGUUCCCACUACAGUAGACGAAUCCAACCUUCAACCCUCCGAUGACGAGCAACCUUCUUUCCCCUACACAAUAUAUGACUUUACCAAAUCCGGCUUAGUGGUAUCUGAAAUCAGUGGGAUUGACGUGGAGGAGCAAUAUCAUAAUAUUAUGGAAAUCGUUGGCAAAGCUUGUGGCAAAUGUCCAAAGUGUACGAGUGACAAUCGUGUUCAGGAUAUGAUUGAUACGAUUAUCAAUAUACGGUUCCCGGACUUGGAUACCGCCCUAUUCCGAGAUGGAAUUCUGAGUGAAUUUGGAUUCGACGACUACUGGAAUGAGCUCAUAGUGGCCAAGCCCGAGGUCAGGAAAGGGUAUGUAAAGUAUGAAAAUUGGUACGCAAAGGUGUGGGAAGAUAUUGAACAAAAAAACGGCCUGCAAGCUAUUUCGAAGGUUAUUGAAAAAGAGUUUGGUCAAUCUCGAGAUUUUAGACGGAUCUUGGCAGGUAAACAACGCCCGACACAUGAAUGGGGAAAGAUGGAAUUACUUCUUUUCGUGAUAAGAAUACGGAGAAUUCGAGGAAAGCUAGAGGAUCGCCCCCAGACGCAAGAAAAACAAGAAACGCAGAGGACAGAAACCACUGCAAGAAAGAACCGCAAGACUAGAGACCAGGAAAAGAGGAGGAAACUUAGGGACCGAGAAGAUAAGGUCGCGGCUAAAUUGCUGCAUGAUACACUUGAAUUGUUAAAAACGGCGGCGGUAGAAACAAAUGUAAGGAUUAUUAUGAUGGCACAGCGAAAGAGCACGUCUUUUCCAAAAAAUUGCCCUCCUGAAGAGAUUCAUUCGGGGUGGGAAAAGAGAUCAGCAUUCCUACCAUUCAUCAACAUUCAGGGAUUUGUUUCGUUGAUGAAGGAAAGCUAG